AGAGAUUCAAACAGCCUACCCCUAACCCUAAAUGUCAUUAUGAGGAAGUGACAUCAUCCUAAUGUCAGGAAGUAGCUGCAGCGUCUCUCGACUAAAGAACUAUUUUAGAAACAGUUGUGAGCAUCAGAACGAGAGAGAGAAGAAGCAGAGACACAGAGAAGCACGAUGGAAGAGUUCAAAUGGAUCAAAAUGUCUUUAUUUCUGAUACUGCUGCUUCACUCUACAGCAGCAGCUGGAUAUCUUCUCUCCUCCUCUGUCAGAGCUGGAGAUGACGUCACUUUGCCUUGUGAACAUGUGACAGACGGUCAGAGAGCGUGUGACAGUACUACCUGGAUCUUCAGUGGUUCAGGAGACACAGUGGAGCUGGUUAACCUCGGGAAGAUUAAAGAAGAAGCCGGAGUUAAACCAGACAGACUGAGUGUUACAGAGAAAUGUUCUCUGGUUAUAAAGAAGGUCACAGAGGAGGAUGCUGGUCGUUACACCUGCAGACAGUUCUACACAUCAGGACAUCAACAAGGUCCAGAUGCUGUGGUUCAUCUGUCUGUUGUUACCAUGACUGAACAUCAGGACAGUGAUGAGGUGACGUUACGCUGCUCUGUGUCCACAUAUGGACCAUGUACACACACAGUGAAGUGGCUGUUUAAGAGUCGUGAUGUGGAUAAAGAUAACCCAGAUUUUAGGACAUCCCAGUCUCCCUGCUCCUCCUCUGUGACCUUUCCUACUUCUCAUUUUAGUUACACAUCAAGGUAUCAGCUCUUUAGGUGUGAAGUGACUGAAGGAGACAAAGUGCAGGAGUUUCCCUUCAGCCCUCAGUCCUCAGGUGAGAAACCAGCUGAGAACAUGCUGAGCUGUUUAAAGUGA